AGACCCAAAGCACUGAAUGCAACACCCAUGAACCCAGAAAGCAGCUCCCCUUACAGCUGUCUGCACCGCACAUAAAAUUAGACCCCCAGACAGUUGUACACUAGGUUCCAGCAGGCUGAGUCAACUGGGGAAAAUCCUGUUGGAGAUGGAGCCAAGUUAUAGUUCCAGUCUUUACUUCGGAAGCUGUACACACUGCAGUAAAGCGGUGUAUGGUGAAGAGAGAGCCUGCCGAGCGAUGGGACAUUUAUUCCAUUACGUUUGUUUUACCUGCAGCAUUUGCAAUGAAAAGCUCAGUGGGAAGCCAUUUUAUUCAGUGUCAGGAAAAAUCUACUGUGAGCAUGAUUUUUUGUACUCAGGAGUUCACUCAUCCUCAGAGGCGUGUAACAGCUGUGGGUAUUUAAUCAUGGACAUGGUUUUGCAGGCUCGUGGGAAGUCCUACCACCCGUCGUGUUUUCGCUGUGUGGUCUGCAGACAGAGCCUGGAGGGUCAGCCCUUCUCUGUAGACGCAGAUACCAGAGUUUAUUGUGUCAGCGACUACCACAAGGUCCAAGCUCCUCUGUGUGCUGCAUGCAAGGAGCCGAUACUGCCAACUGAGGGGUCGACAGAGUCUAUUCGAGUGGUAUCGUUUGACAGAAAUUACCAUGUCCAGUGCUACAAUGGUACAGAGGAUAACCUCAUUUGAAGACUGGAGCAGCUUGGCACAUAUCUUUCUGUGUCUUCUU